AUGCUUCGCCACCUCGUUCGGAAGACCGCGGGCGCGCUCACGAGCGCCGCCUCCACUCCGGGCUUCGCGCCCUACCGCCAGAUGUCCGCCGCCGCCGCGGGGGGUCAGGUGCUCGUGCACAUGGGCGGCGUGGAUUCCGGCGAGAUCUUCUCCGUCGCGCACAAGGCGAUCUGCAAGACCGGCGGCGAGGUUAAGGAGUCCCGCUCCGUCAGGCUCGGCGGCCGGUACUCCCAGAUGUUCCUCGUCUCCAACGCGGACGCGCAGAAGAUCAACGACGUCAUCAAGAAGGUCUGCCCGCUCAUCGAGCACCUCUCCGUGGUGCCCGCCAGGCAGACCACGAAGGACCUCAAGGGCCCGUACUGCGCCACCUCCCCGCUCGUCCCGUUCGUCCGCGCGGUGCACAUGGAGCUCCCGUGGAAGUCCGGUAUCGUCGACGAGAUCACGGAGUUCCUCAACGUAAACGGCGUGACGAUGACGGACAUCAACGAGUACCGCGCGGGCAAAGACGUGGUGCUCGAGGGGUUCGCGCACCUCCCAACCGGACUCGCCGAGUUUCCCCAGGUCAACGAGAGCGACCUCCUCCUCAAGCUGGAGAAGCUCGGGGUGAAGGUGGUUCAGUUCACCAAGGUCAAGGGCCAGGAUCCCCCGCCGGGGGCCACCGCCCACGUGGCCGCGUAG